AUGCUCUACCCGAGGCAUGCGGUCCAGGAUGCUGAGGGAGCGAAGUGCCACAAAGACCUCGUCUUAAAGUCCUCAGACCUCUCCGUCUACAAAGGCGUCAAGCCCAACAUCGAUUCCUAUUCUGCCUUCUUCGACAACUGCAAGGCGAAUGAUACUGGCCUGAGGCUCAUGCUCGAGGAGAACAAGGUCACAGACGUUUACUGUUGCGGACUCGUCUUCGACAUUUGCGUGAAGUCGUCUGCUUUGCAUGGCGCCGAGCUCGGCUUUCGAGUCUCCGUGAUCGAGGAUGCGUGCAGACCCCUGUCCGAGAGUGAGGUUGGUCCGACCAAGGAUGUCUUGCAAAAGGCGGGUGUGAACGUUCUCUCCUCCACGGCAGCAGUGGAGGAAGCAAAGAAGAUUCGCACUACGGCCAAGAUGGAAGUCAAGGAGUAUAUCAAGCAGGUGAAGCAGCACAAGCACGCGUCCUCGUUGCACCGGAUGGAGACACUCUCCUCUCAUGCACCCCAGUGA